GUUAAACUCGUGAAAAAAAAUAAUGAACGGUAAUUUUUCAACUUUUUUAUUUGAGCCUAUAAUGAAAAUUUAAAAUGUCUUUCGUAGAGUCAGAUAAGUUAUGUGUAUACAUAUUUUAAUGAAUUAAUUUUUAUAGCUUCUCAAAAAACCUCAAGUUAUUUAGCCCAAUUUUAACCUAGGUAUUCUAUUUUGAACAGUGUCUACUCACUUUUGCCUCUCACUGUAUAAAACAAGAAUACAAGGAUACGGUUUCUACGCGUUAUCCGAGUUGCAAUAAACUGUUACUAUACAGAAAUAUAGUCUGCAGACACGAAACGAGUUGAUGAUAUUCAACAUAAUCGUAUUAAUUGUUUACGAAAACAACGAACUUGUUAAAAUAAAUACAUUUACAAUGCAUUUUAACAUUGGCCUAUAUACAAGACAGAUUGUCAAAAAAAAGUCCGUCUCAAAAUUUCAAUAAAGAAAAAAAAAAUGAAGUAGACUGUGUCUCAACAGGCGUAAGCAAGCUAAUACCAUAUAAUUUUAGUAUUAUAACUGCUGUAAAUGAAAUUUUAUACUCUGUAAUAUGUACAACUGAGAAGGAAAUCAUGAAAAAAACGACAAAUCAAACAUCUAUCGUAACAUUUACAUUAAAUUCAUAAGUAUUUGCACGUUUAAAAACUAUUUCAAUGUCCGUUUAAGCGAGACUUGUACAUCAUGUUGUGUGAUUUGAUAAAAUAAAUAAUUUUAAGUCUUCUUUAUUGUCUUGUUCCUAUUUUUUCUUUUUCAAUUACAUAUCCAUACAGAAUGAUUCGUUAUUCUGAAAUUUCGUACUUGGAUAUCAAGUAUCUUGCCCGCAUAAGUAUAAAACAUCUGCAUCCACUCCCAUCUGUUCAACACAUGAACAGGAAACUUCUUAUUAAGGUUUUAAAUUACUCGAAGCUAAGUAAGCUGGCCUUCAGACUUUCUUUUACUUUACGUAAGAAUCAAAGAACAUAGGAACUCCUAUCAUUCAGAAAACGAUUCUAUUUGUUGCAUAAUCGAUGUAACGCUUCGCAUUUCGGUGAAAGAUAAGUGGUUCAAGGUUUAACACGGUGUUCGUGUAUGUGUAAUAUAUGAAAGUAGGAGAAUUGUAUAGCUAUACAUUUCGUAGAAAUACAUAUACCUAUGUGUAUGGUGUCAUUGAUGCCGUUCAAAGUAACAACAUGUGUUCCCCUGUUGUAUGAAAUUUAUGUUUGAAGAAUAACGCACAAUUAUUGAAUUGAAUGAAAAAAGGGAACACAAAGUAAUGAAUAUUACUUUUUUAUUAUUGAUGACUGAAAUAAUACUGUCAUCAAGUUAAACACCUAUAAUUGAUAUACUAUGAAAAUCGAUGAUAUAAAUACAUCCAUACAGAUUUUCAAAUAAUUAAGUAUCAAUGAUUACUUAAAUAUUUAUUCAUACUACUAGUAAUGGAAGAAGGUGAUAACCUGUUAGAAAAUAUACAAGAAGCUUUCUUAUCUUUAAAUGAGAGUUUUCUGGAACAAGGUGCAUCACUAGCAGAUCUGAAAUCAAUUGGCAUAAAAAAUGAUGCAAAACAUAAGAGAAGUUUUUAUUUUCAUUAUGUAUGUUCCAAGAAAGUACUGCUUGCCAUUUUUACACCAAUAUUUUGUAGCGUAUUUUUUAAAUACCUGUACACUGAUGUAAUGAAAAGUAUUCGCGAAACAAGAUGCUUAAUACCUAACAAUUAUUUCAUAUGGGAGUUUACAAGACCAAUAUCAAAUUGUGAUUAUUGUCGUGGUAUUACUUCAGCUUUGAUCUUGCCAAAUUUAACUAGAGAAGAAUUUAAGCGAUACGCUUAUUCUUCUAGGCCUAUGGUGAUAAAAAAUGCUGCAAGUCAUUGGCCAGCUUCGAAGGUAUUUAGCUGGAAAUUUUUCAAAGAUUUAUAUGAAAAUAUUGAUGGUGCUUAUGAUUCAGUAGAUGAAUGUCAGUUUUUACAUUUCAAAAGUAAUCUCACUAAUUUACAUGAUGUUUUUGCAAUGAGCGAAGAAAGAGCCUUGCAACUUAAUGGAAAAGAUCCCUGGUAUGUUGGUUGGAAAAACUGCAACCUUCAGGUUUUGGAUGCGAUGAAAAAAUAUUAUAGUCUACCUCAUUUUUUGCCAGAAGAUGUAGAAGUACCUUAUUCCAAUUAUGUUUUUUUGGGAUACGAAGAAGGUGCUAUCAUGCAUCUGGAUUACAUCUCACGUCUCAUGUGGCAAGGACAAAUUAUAGGCAAUAAAAGUUGGACUGUUGCUCCGACACCAGAAUGUGAUAAUGUUUGUACACGUUUUAAUUUUACUGUUUAUGCUGGAGACAUUGUUCUUUUAGAUACAAGAAUUUGGUAUCAUGGCACUUACGUUAAAGAUGGAAGCUUCAGUUUCACAGUCACCUCUGAAUACGGGUAAACUUCUAUAUAAGGUGUCUCUAGUCUGGUGCCUCAGGCGGACAGAGGAUGAAUCUAUAUGAAAAAGUAAGUCGAAAAUAUAGAGUGAUAUUUCCACGGAUGAGGCUUCAUUGCUAAAUAAAUCAAUGUUAAAAAUUUCUAUAUCUUAAAAAAACCCGCCACUGUACAUGAAAGCGUCCUCUAGGGGCGAAACCGAAAAGCUCAUUUAGUGCACUAAACAGUAAAUAGCGCCACUUGUUUUUGGCGGGAUUUUUAAAAUAUAGAAAUUUUGAUAAAUUUUUUAUUUGCUUUUUCAUGUAGAUUGUAGAUCCACACUCAUUCCGAUUGUGCCACUAGAUUGGCAAUACCCUUUGUAUUUUCAAUACAUUUGUAGUAUACAACUCUAGAUGCUAUAUAGAUGGUAUUUUUUUAUACUAUGAAAUUGUAAAAUCCAAAAUGUUUUGCCUUAUUAAAUUAUUUAUACAUCUAGUUGAAUAUUUAUGAAACUUUUAUACACAUACAAAAAACUUGAACUAUAAAAUGUGCUGUUAAAGAGCAGCAUUUAAAUGUUAAAUUAUGUGCAUAAGAAAUUAUGACAGAUUGAUACGAGUUCUGGAAUAUAUCCGAUUGUCCCUUUAUUUAAAUUGUUGUAAGACAUUGUAUAUAAUUUAUGGAUACAUAUGAGUUGUUAUAUGUAUCAUUUUUGCCAUAAUUAAAAACUAGUCUGCAUAAGAAUGAAUAUUUGAUAUUAUUACCAUAAAUGAUCUAAUUUGUGCUUUAAUAAUGUUGGUAAUUGUAUGAUUAAGAUAUUUUUAUAUAUAUAUAUAUAUAUUUGAAAUUUUAUACAUAUACAAACAUUUAAAUACACGUGCUAUAUAUCUUUUCAAAAAAUUGCAGUUUUUACUUCCUGUCAAA